AUGUACUUCGAGAGGAAGGAGCUCAUCCAGUCGCUGGAUCUGCUCUGCUACGUCCUCUUCGUCUACACAUGGCUGCUCGACAAUCGCACCCUCUCGCUCCUCUUCCGAGCGGUCCUACAAUGGCAGUGCCACAACUCGAUACACAUCCAGCCCACAUGGACGCUGCCCUUUCUCGUCGUGUUUCUCUCUGGCAUCAACGGAAUCUUUGCUCUGGCGCACCUCUGGUCGCCGCCAAGCAUAACGAAUACGGGAGAGGCGCUCUUGAUCGAUUUCGUCGGGCACAGCUACCUGCCCGGGCGGCUGCAGGUGCUGACUAUCGAUAUGGGAAUCUGGUUCAUUCAGCUGCUGUUGACGGUGGUCGCCUUCGAGACAAGCAAGGACGAAAUCAAGCCGGAUGAUGCAGUCAGCGCCCUGGACGACCUGACGAGCACACUGGAGGAGGAGGACCUCGGACAAGGCUGGGAUGUACGCGACGAGGAGGCGAACCUUUUUGGGCUGGACGAAGAAGAUGUGAGAAAGCGCGAGCGGACGAGCUUGACGCAUCACGUUGCUGUGAUCCGACUACGUCCCAUCUUCGACCAGAUUCGAGCGGGGCAGCUCCUGGACAGCAAUCCCGUUGAAGAGUACCCCGUCGUCGAGCCAGAUCAGCCUUCUGUCGACCCAGUACCCGCUCCCACGCAACCAGACCUCCCUCGACCAGACACGCGUCGCCUCCGGAGCUUCUCACGGCGUUCUAGACCCGCAGCAUUCUCGACCCUACCACCGGUGACAGACGAGGAAGAGCCGUAUCACGGGCUAGGACCGGUCUCUGCGGACGACUCGUGGCCGCCCAUGUGGAUGAUCCUCGCCCGCAACAUGGUGGGUCCUAGCAUACCCUCCUUUCGCCCCGCACAGGGCCUCGCCUCGCUCCGAGACAGCAUCACGGGUCGAUUCGGUCGAGUCCUCAGUCAAACACCUGAUCGCUCGCAGUACACGCGCGUCAAUCCGGACGCUCCACCAGAUAGUACCUAG